GAUCACUUCUUUUCUUUUUCUCUGUGGUUUUUCACACACGUACCAACACUUUUCCGUUGCAAUUAGAUAAUGUCUACUAUCAUUGAAAUAAAUCGAUCACUGGCUGGCAGCAGACGGAAUAGGAAGAAUGCUGUUGAUCUUUCCCUUAACUUUGAACAAAUAACUGAUAAAAGUCCACAAGUCUCCAAAGGAAGACCGUCUAAAGGUGGCGAAAAAAUUCGUGCCAAGCGCUACUACGUGAAAAAUCAUCUGCUAGUUUUGCAUAAGAGGAAGCUAAAAAGAUACUACGAUAAAGUCAUCAAAUUAUUGUGCAAACACAUUUAUAAUGAAGAAGAAGUAUUGAAUGAACUGAGAAAGAAAUGUACCAGCUAUAUCGCAAAAUAUCCCGGAACCAAAGAAUUUCAUCUCAUUUAUUACGCAAAUAUCGUAAGAGAAGACAGAUAUUUGAAUUUUAUGGAAGAAGCAUCAAAUACCUUUCUAGACUCUUAUAAUGAAGAAAUACCCAGCAUUGAGAUUAUGCAACCACUUGAACGGAAUAUCACAACUAAGCACUCACUUAUGCUACUUCAUAUGUGCACUUUAUUAUCGGCAUAUUUACUGCUCCACCAUGUCAAUGAAGAGUUUAAGGAAAUGCCAAGUGGACCAGAAAAGGAAGAAAAGGUUCGACAAGCGUGCACCGAUGAAUAUAUCGUUUCUUAUGAUCAUCUUGUCGAUCUAUAUAAAGACUCUGCUGAAGUUUCAACAGAAGAUGAAUUUGAAACUGUAAAGCGCAUUUUCCCCAUUGUUCAAGAUGCAGAAGAGGAAGAAAACGAAAAAACAAUCAUCGUAGAGACAACUGCUGAGAUAGAGGACGAGAGCAAUGCAGAGAUGGAUGAGGACCAACGAUUAGACGAAACAAACAAACAUAGAGUUUUCAAUUAUUUGUUGGCAACAUCUGAAAAUGACGAUUAUCAGAGUGACGAUGCGAGUGCACAAGUCGAUAUUGAACCCACAAUUACUGAAAGUGCGCAACGAGAAAAAUCAGUUUCGAAAAUAGAUACAGAAGAAGUCGAUUUAGCGGAUAAAAGUAUGGAUGAGAGCAAUAACUUGUUGGAUGCUAAGAACGAACGAAUUGAACAAGCUGUAUCAAAUACAAAUUUCGCUACAAGUGCAUCAGCCGAUGUAAUGAAACUCACUCCAAAAAAAGGCAGUAAACGUAAAGCAAAAGCAGAUACGGCCAAAGGCAGCAAAAAGUCAAGAUCUUAAUCCUGUUUUCCUAGGCUAUAUUGUGCACUUUUCCUCACUUUACCUUUCUGACCCUACUCUUUCACUGAUUUUAUAUCCGUUUAAAUUACUGACGCCCAAUGCUCAUCUAUUUAAACAUCUACUUAGCUUUUAUCAGUUCAUUUCUUUGACUUCUUCUGCUGUUACUGUCCUUUCUAUCGAAAAAAGAAAAAGUACAUUUUAUUGUUCCUCAAUAUGCAGGAUUAUCGAUGUAAUUCUGUAAUUACAUAAUAUGUCAUGGUGAAGUUCAGUAGAAAUUCGUAUUACAUUUGAUCUGAACAGGCUCAGUAGAGCAAAUCCGAAUUGUACGACAAUAGUAUUACCUGAUACGCGUAAUUAGACUUAGCUCAACAGCAAUCGUUCGAUCGUUUACCGAGGGUUCGUUUGCGGUGUACUGUUACCUACUGCAGCUGGAAAAUGAAAUAAGGUUAUUAAGUGU